CCACGUGUAUUAUUCGGGUUGUCUGUCAUGUGACGGAGGGUUGUGUAUUUCUAAUACAUUGAUACAAGACUAAUGGGUUGAGAGAGGAAACGGACAAUGGAGGGAGGGACUAGAUUUGCAGAACGGUCUAGACUCACUAGACGGACUAGACAGAGGAGUAGACUUGUCAAGCUUGUACUUGUUGCGUGUGUGUAUCUUUUAGGUGUUGCUGUCACAGUUGGAGUCCGCGUGAUACGAGGAGAGAAAGAAGAUGUGAUUACACAGGAGGACGAAUAUAGUGAAUACAGAGUAAGAAGGGCCGCCGACCUCGAAGAAGAGGAAAGAAACUGCACUCCGAGAUCGGUGGACAAUUUCUUUGGGAACUUCUUUACGUUGGAGCAAACUCAAGAUGGCGGCUUUGUGCUCCAUCUUUUUAUUGCCAUUUAUCUCUUCGCGUCUCUCGCCAUCAUCUGUGACGACUACUUCGUCGCCUCGCUGGAGCUCAUCUGUGAGAAUCUGGGUCUGCAAGAAGACGUGGCGGGGGCCACAUUCAUGGCCGCAGGGAGUUCCGCCCCAGAGCUCUUCACGUCAGUCAUCGGUGUAUUCUUCGCCAAAAGUGACGUCGGUGUUGGCACCAUUGUGGGGUCGGCAGUCUUCAACUUGCUGUUCAUUAUUGGUGUCUGCGGGCUCCUGGCCGGUAUGGUGAUCCAUCUCACCUGGUGGCCGGUCAUCAGAGACACCGGGUUCUACCUCCUGUCUGUACUCGCCCUCGUCAUCGUCAUCAACGACACCGAGGUCUACUGGUACGAGGGGAUGGCGAUGCUGAUCAUGUACGCCCUCUACAUCAUCAUCAUGUACUUCAACCGACCCCUGGAGACAAGAGCGGAAGUUCACUUCGAGAAGUUCCGCCAAUGGUGGAGGAAGAAAUAUCCCAAGACGGAUGUAAAACAGCCUCUGAUUGGCGGAAAAGCGGCACCGCAGAAAAAGGCGGAAAAUAACGGAGAAGCAGAAACAGCCUUCAAUGACGACCCCAUGUGCCAGUCACUCGAGGACCAACACCACGAAAAAGAGUACGAAUCUCCUUGGACCGUACCUAAUGGGGUGGUCCACCGGAUCUACUGGUUUGCCAUGGUACCAAUCCGAUGUCUGCUUCACUUCACGGUGCCUGACUGUCGACGUCCCGGGAAGUGGCGGAAGACGUACCCCCUGACCUUCACCUUGUCCAUAGUGUGGAUUGCCGCCUUCUCUUACGUCAUGGUGUGGAUGGUAACAAUCGCAGGGGACGCCCUUAACAUCCCCGACACCGUCAUGGGGCUCACCAUCCUCGCUGCUGGCACCAGCGUCCCCGACUGUCUGUCCAGCGUCUUUGUCGCCAGGGACGGCUGGGGGGACAUGGCUGUCUCCAACUCCAUCGGAAGCAACGUGUUCGACAUCCUUAUUUGCCUGGGGUUGCCAUGGUUACUCCAAACAGCCGCUGUCACCCCGGGCGAAUCGUUAUCAAUCUCCAGCAGCGGGCUUGUGUACUCGUCCUUGACCUUGCUAGGAACUGUGGUCUUUUUGAUCGUGUCCCUCACAAUCAACGGAUGGCGACUUAACAAACCCCUUGGUGUCGUCUACCUCGUUGUGUAUGUCAUUGUCAUGGCUCUAACCUGCUUGUACGAGCUCAAUGUGUUUGGAGACCUCAACCCGCCAUCUUGUCCCAGACCAGAGUGACUUAAACGCUGCGAUUCUAUUGGAUGAAAGAGAUCGCAUUCUGCCCGCCAUGUUGUCUGAGAUUGAAGUGUUGCAGUGCAUAAAAUGAUGCAAUGUCAUUGGACAAAAUCAAUGAAAAAAGAAAUGAGUAUAGAUACUUCUGUGCCGCGGUGAACGAUAUCAUUGUGCAUGAAUAAAGUUCAUAUGUGUUGUAUAA